AUGUACAGGACAGCCAGGGCAACGGCAGUCAUCGCGGGCGCGCUUGAGCGCUUGAGCGCGCUGUCGAGCCCGGGUGCGGGUGCGCAGCAGAAUCCGGCGGUGGUUGCCGACCAGGCCAGGGGCGCGGUGCUGUUCAGCUGUUGCGACCCGGCCGAUGCGGUAUGCGGGGGCACGCGGUUCAUCCUGCCGGCGCAUGUUCUCUAUGCGCUGGAGGCGACCGGGCCGGCGGCGGCGUUUUUGGAGAGGGAGGAUGGAUUUUGA